AAAAGUGCGCGUUAAUAAACCACGCCCCAGUUAUUCGCUAUUAGCAAUGAGUAUCUGCAAGAGUUGUCGAAAAUUGUGCCCCGAUUUUAUCGUCAAUGAUUUUGUCACCAACACAAUUAAAACAAUACCAAUUCGAGCGGGUUAUAAAACGAUAAGAGUGACCUUGAAAAACGCCGAUUUAAGCGAUAAAAAUUUAAUUUUUUGUGCAUCCACAUCCUUGUCUAUAGUGUGUCGAAAAGGGUGUCUUGUCGAUAUCGUCGAUAUAGUGGUUAAAAGCAGCCCCACGGAUAAAACCCUUCGACAGAUCAUUCCUGUGCAUGAUCUUUUCGCGAGAGAAGCAUUUUUUUAUAACACGAUUCUAGUGGAUUUGGUGGAAUUUCAUAAUGGAAGUGUUAAAAUCGAAGUGCCGACACUCAUCGCUGCGACUUUGGAUGACGGAGAUGAAGCAAUAAUCCUGCAGAAUGCAGGAUGGGUGCCAAAAUACGAAAAGUGGGUCGGGGAAUUAACCCAAGGUCAUAUUUUCAAAGUUUUGCAAGAAUUUGCCAGAUUACACGCACUGAGUUUUGCUUUCGGUAAACAACAACCGGAAAAAAAUCAACAGCAUAGAGAACAACUCAACAAAGGCUAUUUUAGUGUUUUCGAAAAUAAACAAACUGUUAGCAUCAUACGAAAUAAUUUGAAUCAAGCGCUGAAAUUUUUCAGCGAUGAUAAUGUUAUACAAAAGUUGAGAAAAUUUGAAGAUGAGAUUGAAACAUUGUUGGAGAAUAUUUUAAAUGAAAUUCCAGAUAAAAGUGUGUUGCUUCAUGGAGAUCCCACUUGUAAUUUUCUUUUUCAUUACGAGAAAAAUGAAAAUGGUAAUAUUCCAUCAAGGGCUAAGUUAAUUGAUUGGCAAUUAGUUAAAUUUGGAUCACCUGUUUUGGAUCUCUCACUAUUUCUGUUCACGAAUUGUCCCUUUGAUGAUAUAAAUAAUGUGGACACUUUCUUGAAAAGUUACCACAUCGAUUUGGACACAUUUUUGAAAGAGUUGGAUUGCAACAUUGAAGAAGUCUUUUCAUUAAAAAAUUUGGAAGAUCACUGGAAGAAAUAUGCAAAAGUUGGUUUUGCUCUUGCAAUUUUAACUUUGAAGAUUCUUACAAUGGAAAUAAAUAAGAGGCCGAAUUCCAACAAUGAAAAAUUAUCAAUUGAAGAAUUUAUUGAGGGUUUUCAAGGCCCUCCAAAUGAAGAUUUUGUGAGAAAAAUUAAGGAUAUUGUUAAGUACUGUGUUGCUAAUGGACUGAUUUGAGUUGUAAGAAAAAUAAGUGGCUGAAGCUUACUAAGAAUUGCUUGUUUAUAUUAAAUUAUUUUUUCUUAACAAAUAAAUAAAAAAAUGUGAAGUGCAA